CCGCCACAGCCCAGCCACAUCCACUAGCCACAACGCCAUAAUUCCGAAUAAUUUUCCAAAAUCUUGUCGGAGAAAAUGUUGGCCGCUAACACCAGCACGCUGUAGCCAGCACAAGAAUCGAAGGGGGAAACGUACCGCAGGAACAAGAAAAAGGUGCUGCAACAUGCCUCCACAAUCAAAAAUAGACCGUCAGUGGAGCGCUCUUACGCCUCCUUUGUCAGAAUGGAUACUGGAUGCUAUAUCUGCCAUGGGCUUCACCAAAACCACACCCGUGCAACAAGCUGCAAUUCCCAUGUUUAUGGGGAACAAGGAUGUCGUCGUAGAAGCCGUAACUGGCUCGGGGAAGACGUUGGCAUUCUUGAUCCCAAUUGUAGAGCGUCUGCUGCGACUCGAGACGCCAACAAAAAAGCAUCAUGUAGGCGCUAUUAUUAUAUCGCCCACUCGAGAACUGGCCACCCAGAUCCAUUCUGUUCUUGUAUCUCUCCUCAAAUUCCAUGCGCCUUCUGCCGCCAUCAUCAACACUAUCGACGAUGAAGAUUCCGAUAUGGUGGAUGCGGACGCGCCACCAGUCCCAACUUUCCCACCGGGGACUCUCAAGAUUGUUCCCCAGCUGCUUCUCGGAGGCAAUGUCACCCCAGCCCAGGACUUGAGUGCAUUUUUGAAGCAAUCGCCAAAUGUACUUAUCGGCACGCCUGGCCGUCUACUGUCACUUUUAGCAUCCCCCCAUGUUCACUGCCCGCAGUCUUCUUUUGAUGCUCUGGUGAUGGACGAAGCGGAUCGUUUGCUGGACCUUGGAUUCAAGGAGGACUUGCAGAAGAUUCUCGGCAGACUCCCCAAGCAGCGUCGAACAGGGUUGUUCAGCGCCAGCGUCAGUGAAGCAGUCGAUCAGCUCAUCCGAGUCGGCCUACGGAAUCCCGUGCGAAUCGCCGUCAAAGUCAAAGCAAGGCCUGCAGCAAAUGGAAAAUCAGGUGAAUCAGGAAAGGUUGAAGAUAAAAAGACUCCCGCGAGUCUGCAGAUGUCAUAUCUUGUCAUGCCUGCCUCGCACAGAAUACCAGCCAUUCAAAAACUACUCACAACGUUACAACCACCCCCACAGAAAGCCAUCCUAUACUUAGCAACAUGCUAUUCAGUCGACUAUUUCCAGCACAUCCUUCCGCUCGCAUUCGAAGGCUACGCAAUUGUCCCGCUCCACGGAAAACAGCCCGACAAAGUCCGCCGAAAGAACUUCGCCAAGUUUGUCGACAGCGUUAUGCCAUCACUCUUAGUAACAACUGACGUUGCAGCACGCGGCCUAGACAUUCCCACCGUUGACCUUGUCCUCCAACUCGACCCCCCUAGCGACCCAAAAACAUUUAUCCAUCGCUGCGGUCGCGCUGGACGAGCUGGACGCAAAGGUCUAGCCGUCACCUUCCUUACGCCCGGUCGCGAGGAAGAUUACAUCGAGUUUCUACGCGUGCGUCAAACGCCUGUAAUGCCACUCACCACCCCCACUAUCACCGUGGACCCCGCCGAAGCCGAAGCUGUGACUCGCAAAAUUCGAAAUGCCGCCAUGGCUGAUCGUGCAAUCUAUGACAAGGCGCAGCGUGGAUUUGUCUCAUCUGUUCGUGCCUACAGCAAACACACCGCCAGCUCCAUCUUCCGCGUCCUCGACCUUCAAUGGGAAGACCUGGGUCAUGCGUGGGGUCUACUCCGUCUACCUGCUAUGCCGGAGCUCAAGAAGUUUCACGGGGACAGGGCGCUUGGAUUGUCCAUCGAUUUUGACGCUCUCGCAUACAAAGACAAGGCGCGCGAGAAACAGCGAUUGGCUGAUCUCAGCGCGGAACGCGUCGCAAAGGAGAACGGCGACGACGAGAAGAAGAUGGGAAAGAAGAGGGAGGCGCCUGCAUGGAGUCAGAAGAUUGAGCAGCGUGCUACGAAGGAGGUCAGACGGGAAAAGAAACAUGCGAAGAGAGAGGCGGAACGCGUGGCGAAGCUGAGUGCCGAGGAACGUAAGAAGGAGGAAGAAUUGAAAGCAAUGAUCGGCAAGGUCAGGGAGAAGGUUCAGAAAGAGGAGGAGCUUGAGGAGUUUGAAGGAUUCAGCGAUUGA